CCCCCCCGCCGGCCCCCCUCAGUCGGGCCAGAGCAGGCGCAGCCUUCUCCGCCCCCCGGUCCAGCGGCGGCGUGACACCGGCCGCGCUCCAUGGAGCCCAGCUAGGGGCUUCUGCCCGCAGCCGCCGGGAGAGCCGGAGGCCAAGCUAUGUUGGUGCAGAUGCUUUUGGCAGCCCUGACCCAAUGCGGAUCCUGGUGACAGCAAUGUAAAUGUGAAUUUCUGCAAAGUCUCAGAAGUCCUGUAAAAUGGAGGAACUGUACAAGGACACACAAAAUCUGCCCAUGGAUGUUACCAACUCUCCUUCCACGAUAGCUAACAAUAAGCUAGAAAAUGGGGUCGCUCAGCUGAUAACUGCUGAAGCCUGGAAUAUCAACUCCACAGACUUGAUGAAGAAAGCACUUUCACCACUUGUGACUGUCCCAGCCCCUUCGAUCCUUACCCCACCAGCAGAAUCGCAAAGUGGGGUAGCUCUGAAAGUAGCAGCCACAGUGCUCCAGCCAAUUUGUUUAGGGGAUAGCCCAGUGGUUCUUCCAAUACACCUGCAAGUAGCCGGGAGCACCACCCCGCAGAUUGCGCCUAAUAACAACACUCCAUAUGUUAUGACGACUCAAGGUCCAGUUCCACUACCUGUCCUCUUGGAGCAACAUGUGUUUCAACAUUUAAAUUCUCCAUUGGUGUUACCUCAGGGUGCUCCCUGCUCCACAAAUCCCAUUCACAGCAAUCUUUUCCAGGGUUCUUCUGUCCCGGUUGGACAGCCCCAGUUACUGGAUCAGAAACCAUCCAACCAGACCCAGGAGCCCAUCUUACCCCCAGUGUUUCAGACACCAGGAUUUGCUGCAGUUCUUCAGGAUUUGUUUCCUCCACAGGGCACCUUAGGUUCAUCACCCUGUCAGCCACCCCCAGAUUACUCCUCUGUUCCACCCCAGGCCUUCAGUUCCCCUCUAUCUCCACUAGUACCCCCAGCCACCCUCCUAGUGCCAUAUCCUGUGAUUGUCCCCUUGCCAGUCCCAGUCCCCAUCCCUAUCCCCAUCCCCAUCCCUGUGCCUCACGGCGCUGAAUCCAAGGUCAACCCAGACUACCCCAAGCCACCAUUGUUCACCUUGUAUUCCUGCAAAGGCACCCAGACCCCUCUGGAGAAAGAAGAAUCCAAACCCUUUGAUUUCAUCCACCACAGGGAAUUUUCCCAGCUGAAUCGUCACACAGUCAUCAAGAUGAACAAUGAGAACGAGGCCCUGGAUCUUUCCAUGAAAACGAUGCCCUUGCUAAAGGCAGGUGAGGUCAGUUCUCAGCUCUCCCCUGAAGAUGGUGCUUUAGAUUUGUCAAUUGCUUCCUACAGGAAGACAGGCAGUGCUGGGGUCCAUGCUGAGGCAACUAAUGCAAUUUGCUCUGGAUCUAUGAUGGACAGUGCUGCUCACUCCAUGAUGGAUAAACUCUCCAGUGCAACUGUCCCCUUUGCCCCUCCGAAACCUCACGAAGCCUCAGCCAAGGUUGACAGCAGAAUGACUGGUAGCAAUUCGGCCGAGUUCCUGAGACAGCAGCAAAAGUGGCUGGUGGAUCAGACCAGCAGAGCAGCCUGUGAGCCCAAGGCUGGGAAUAAUAUUGAGAUUGUGAGCACUUCGCAGACUGCCAAAGUAAUAGUCUCUGUCAAAGAUGCUGUGCCCACGAUUUUCUGUGGCAAGAUUAAAGGCCUCUCGGGAGUAUCCACCAAAAACUUCUCCUUCAAAAGGGACAUGCCCCAGGACUCUGUUCUGCAGUGUUACGAUGUGAAGAACCAGCCAGAGCCUAGGGAUAAUGCAGAAGCUCUUAGGAAACCAAUCAAAAACAGGAGUGUAAAGUUAAAGAAAAUGAACUCCCAGGAGAUACACAUUCUUCCAAUCAAAAAGCAACGGCUCGCUGCCUUCUUUCCAAGAAAGUAAAUGAUGGGUUUUUAGACUUUUAAGAUAUAAUUAUUAUUAUGAAAAAUAAAAAAGAUGCACUUGGCUUAAAAUGCAUUUAAAACUUUAAACUAUCUUUGUAAGUUAUUUUGGGGAAAGCGGGAGAGGAUUGGAUGUAAAUUUCCUGUAAAGCUGAGGGAGGGGAGUUCUUUUGUUUGUUUGUUUUUUGUUAUUGAUUUUUGACUUUUCAUGAAAAAGUAAAUAAAAAGCAACCUAUUUUUCAAGCGGAUUGCACAUUUUUGCAGCUUUAAUGGAAUAAUGGAUGGAGUCAGAGGGGUAAGAGCUAUUUUCACUGCCAUAAAGUGCUUUGAUGAUGUAAUUCUUAGUAAUGGGUACAAUGGAAACUUCAAAAUAAAUGUUUGUAUGUGGUAAUUGGUUGUGGUUAUUUUGUCAUUUAUGAAUUAUCGGGGAAGAUUUGGCAAAAGUCUGUAAACUGUAAAGCACUACAAGUUUAUCUUUGUUAUAGCCCUGAAAUAUUAAGGUGACCAGGCUAAGAAAAAUUAUAUUGCCCCAUAGCACCAUUAGAGAGCACCUCUGAACAGCCACUAAUGAUGUGUUUCAACUAUCUUCAAUAAAAAUGACAGAACAAGAUCACUGUUAUACUCUGGCAUGAGCCCAAUGCACAGAAAAUACUAGUUUUAUGAUUAGAAAUAAAUAUAGAUCCGUUUUUAAACACAAAGUAAACACUAAUGAUGAUUUUAAUGAAAUCUAAAAGUCAGGGGAAUUUGGUUGCCACUGGGUGAGGAAAAGUCACAUAAUUUUUCCCAGCCUGAAUAUAGAUAUAUGGAAAAGUUGUUCGUUGUAAGUUUGACCAUGUCUUGAUGGCUGAAAUCAAUGCACAUGAAAGAGUAGAACAAUGUAACUUUACAACAUUACAGUGUAAA